UUACUAAGCUCAAAUUCAGCGAAGAGACUCGUCUCAAUGUUUACACUAGAUUACGUUCUGAUGCCACUAUAGAUAUUGCUCGCGCUAUAUUCGAUACUCAGAACAAUGACGGAUCAUUUACUUUACACACUUCAAUAAUUAAUUGCCUUGACAUUAACUCUAAGGAUUUCACCAAAUCUCUUAAACAUUUUGUUUGCAGUGAACAACUUAGGAAAUGUGAUGAUUCUCUUUGGAUUACUGCAUUUACUAUUCAUUACAUUAAAAUUGUAUUUGCUGAAUAUGAGAAAGAAUGGCCCCAGGUUAUUCCUCUUGCAAGCACCUGGGUAACCAAACAAAUCAAUAAUUCUGAAGUAGAAAAAGAAUUGUAUGAAGCAUGUGAACAAUACUUAAUCGAACGAGGCGUAAAUUAUAUUAAUACCCACUCUCAAGAAAUUAAUGUAGUAAAACUUGAAUUCGACGAAGAAACCAAAAAAAUUAUUCAUGACGGUUUACGUUCUGGAAUGACUAUUGAAACAGCUCGUACUAUAUGUGGAACUCAAAGUAAUAAUGGAUCAUUUACCCUGCACUCUUCCAUUAUUAAACAUCUAAAAAUUGAACAUAAUAAGUUCAUCUAUUCCAUCAAGCGCUUUGUCAGCAGUCAAAAUCUUAAAGAAUGCGAUGAUUCCAUUUGGUUUACUGCUUUUACUAUCUGUUAUAUUAGAAUAAUAAUCGCCGAACAUGAAAGCGAAUGGGAUCAGGUUAUUAACCUCGCCAGCUCUUUUAUAACAAAACAGAUCAAUAACAAGGAAGUAGAGAAAGAAUUAUAUGGAGCGUGUGAACAGUAUAUUAUUGAACAAGGAAUCAAUUGUCUGAAUGAAUCAAAAAGUAGUAUUGUAGAAAAAGAUAUUGUAAAGAAAAGUGAGAGAAGUGUUGUAGAGGAAGAUGUUGAUAAUGUUAGUAAAGUAGUAUUAAAUGUUGAAGAAGAUAUACGCAAAACCGUAUACAACCACCUUAGAUCAUUUGCAACUGUUGAUGUUUCCCGUAAAAUCUCUUCGGGUCAAAAUGAUGAUGGCUCAUUUGUUCUACAUUCCUCAAUUUCUGAUCACCUUAGAAUUUCUUCAGCUAAAGCUGCUAUUGAAUCGCUUAAACGUUUUGUGGAUAAACAAUAUCUAAGAAACUGUGAUGAUACUCUAUGGUAUACCGCUCUUACAGUUACUUACUUUAGAAUUGUAUUUAUUGAGCACGAAAAUGAAUGGCGCCAGGCUGUUGAUCGUGCUUCCGCUUGGAUAACUAAGAAAAUUAACGACAUUGAAACAGAAAAUGAAUUAUAUAAAGCAUGUGAACAAUAUUUAAUUGAACAAGGGAUUGAAGCCAUUAAUAACCAUAAUAAAGAAGUCGCUGUUGAUGUUAUAAAGAUUGAAGUCUCAGAGGAAAUGCGUCAAACUGUUUAUUCCGGACUUCGUAACCGUUCCAAUGCGGACAAUGUCCCUGCAAUUUGCAAUUCUCAAAAUAAUGAUGGAUCAUUCACUCUUCAUACUUUAAUUACCAAUAAUCUUAAAAUCCAAACAAUCGAUACCUCCCUUGAAUCUAUGAAACGUUUCGUUGGAAGCCAACGUCUUAGAGGGUCCGAUGCCAAUAUCUGGCACACAGCAUUCACAAUUACCUAUAUCAAGACUGUCCUAGCUGACCAUGAACCUGAAUGGCGACAAUUUGUUGAUCGUGCCUCUUCCUGGGUUACCAACCAAAUUAAAGAUACGGCCUUAGAAAAAGAAUUAUACUCGGCAUGUGAACAAUACUUAAUCCACCAAGGUUGUAAUGCUCUUAACAACCCCGCGAUUAAGGUAAACAGAAAACACAGAUCCCCAGUACCUACUGUAUUACGUUCUUCCCUAUAUGGGUCAGAUGGUGGAAUACUCUCGCCUAAAGAUGCAUAUCUUAAUUCAGAAUUAAUCGUCGUUGGUGCCGCAUGCGAAGCCAACAGAAAAUUCAAAAGAAGUUGUGCAGAAGAAAAAACCAAAGUUGAUGUAACUCAAGCCCGUGAACGAAUUGUCGUAUAUGCUUCGGAAGAAGUUGAAAGAUUAUUUGCUACCAACGUUACCCACAGUAAUAAAGAUGAUGUUUUACGACGUGCCAAACGUGCCGCUCGUUUCUUAAUUGAUGAAUAUUAUAAAUGUGAUGAUCCAGGUUGUACUUGCUGUGGUAAAGAUUACUAA